GGCUAGGAGGUGGGCCGACCAACUGUAGGCAAGUGUGUGUUUGUGUCUCCUCAGCAAAGACAAACAUACACUAACGGGAGGCGUGCUCGUUAACGGUUUUUUGGUAUUUAAAGUUUUGUUUUUCUCGCCUUAAGAUUGUGUCGAUGUUAUACCCUAUAUAUUAAAACAUUUCGCUUGUACAACGCAAUAUUCAUUGGCCAAAAGCUGCCGACUUCGUUUCUUCUAGAGAGUGUCCGCUUCCCCUCCCCUCGAUGAAGCGCUGCGAUGCCCUCUGAUUUUAUAUCCCUCCUUAGCUCGGAUUUCGACCUCAAUUCCCCCAAAUCUCUAUACUCAAAAGAGUCGGUAUAUGACCUCCUCCCUAAAGAACUCCAACUGCAGCCGUCGUCCACCCAGACAGACCCACCCACCAUGAGCCAGAAGAGUGGGGGAGAGGCGGGACCUCCCCCCUCUGCAGCCUUGGCCUCAGAUGCCACCUCCUCCACCUCCAGCCCCUCUGCCUCCUCCUCCCUGGCCAUGGGAGUCCCAUCCACUGGCUCCUCUACCUCAUCCUCAGACCAUCUCAAGGUUCCACAGCAUGUCCACUCCACAGGAGGGGAUGGAGCUGGAACUUCAGAGAUGCAGAGUAUGGAGGGUGCUGUAUCUGUCCCAGGCAGAAGCAACAGUGGAGCAAACACUGCCACAGGAGACAUAGGGUCAGGAGUGUUGUCAGGGCUAGUCCAGCAGCCUCAGAACACCCCAUCAAAACGGAGGCCUGUAUUGAGCAUAUCCCCGCCACCUGAGGAUCUGUUUGAUGACAGCCAGAUGUCUUGCCAAGAGGAACCUACUGUAUCUGGUCCACCAGGAGCAGACUCAGAGCAUAGCAGCAGUAUGUGGGCUGAUGACUCCAUCUCCAACUUUAGCUUGAUCAGCUCCAUCUCCUACAACGACAACACAGAGGUGCCACGCAAGUCUCGAAAACGCACCCCUCGCCAGCGACCUGGGCCCAAGCCUGCUCCUCCAGAGGACAGCAUGGACGUGUUUGAUGCUGACAGCGCCAAGGCCCCUCACUUUGUCCUAUCCCAGCUGGGCACAGACAAAACCAAUCCCAUAGCCAGCUCUCUUGAGACAGGAACUACAGUGAAGGGGGGCUCCCUGUGUGCUCAGUACCCACAGAGGAGUGAUGGGAAGGAGCUAAAGAUCCUGGUGCAGCCAGAGACCCAGCACAGAGCUCGCUAUUUGACAGAGGGCAGCAGAGGUUCUGUCAAAGAUCGCACACAACAGGGAUUCCCCACUGUCAAGUUGGAGGGUGUGAGUGAACCAGUUGUGCUGCAAGUGUUUGUCGCGAAUGAUGCAGGCAGAGUGAAGCCACACGGUUUCUACCAGGCAUGCAGAGUCACGGGACGUAAUACCACUGCCUGCAAGGAGGUGGACAUAGAGGGCACCACUGUCAUAGAGAUCCCUCUGGAGCCCAGCAAUGAUAUGACACUUGCGGUGGAUUGUGUAGGAAUUCUGAAGCUGCGUAAUGCAGAUGUGGAGGCACGUAUUGGUGUGGCAGGGUCCAAAAAGAAGAGCACACGUGCCAGGCUGGCAUUCAGAGUCAGCAUCCCCCAACCUGAUGGAUCAGUCCUUACUCUACAGGUCCCCUCUUCACCCAUCCUCUGCACCCAACCAGCAGGAGUGCCCGAGAUCCUGAAAAAGAGUCUCCACAGCUGCUCAGUGAGGGGAGGAGAGGAAGUUUUUAUCAUUGGAAAAAACUUCCUCAAAGGAACCAAAGUUAUUUUUCAGGAGAACAUUGCAGAUGAUAAUUCGUGGCAAGCUGAGGCGAAGAUUGAUAUGGACCUUUUCCACCAGAACCAUUUGAUUGUGACAGUUCCUCCAUUCCACAACCAGUCUAUCACUUCUCCAGUUUCUGUGGGAAUCUUUGUGAUGACCAAUGCUGGUAGAUCGCAUGAUGCCCAGACCUUCACCUACACUCCAGACUCAGCUGAUGACUCAAACAUACGGACAGUAAAAACAGAGGGACCCUCCCUGGUCAAGACGUGUAUAUUUGAUGGCCAACUCAAAUCUUUAUCUUCUGAGGGAACUGACUGCUCUGGUCAGUCUUCCAAACGACAAGAGGACACGCCAAUGGAAGUGUCUAGCAAUCCACCACCCACAGAUGUCUUUAAGCCCUCCCCUGACCCUCUUGUCUCAGUGCAGCAGACCCUGGAGCUCAGCUCUAGUCCUCAUUCAGGUGGAGAGUCUUUUCAGAGCCCAAUGCCCCUACAACCUGAAGACGUGGAGCUUCCCCAGGCACCACCUGUCUUCCCUAGCCUAGAGUCUCUCAGCACUAUACAAAAGCAAGACAUUACUCCCACAACCCCCUUCCCAGUGUCAGGAGAUACUACAAUCCCCCCUGUGACACCCGAAGUCCCUCAGCAAUUCCUCAGAGACCCUCAGGACAGCUUGCCUCCUGAGAGUUCCAGUAAUAGUGGAGGGGUUGUAGUCGUGGCCAUGCCCCAAAUAGCAACUCCCUCUCAACCCCAGCCACAACAGUCACAGGUUCCCCUGUUCCCACAGGAAGGUGUGGCCCAGCUGGAGAGGGCAGUAAGGGAGCUACAAGCUGGAGGUAACACCACGCUCCAGCAGGUGUUGGAGGCAGCUGUAGCUCAGCAGCAGCUGAACUCUGUGCUGUAUAGUCCCACACCCUCUGCAGACUCCCUUCAACAGCAUGUCCAGGAGAACAUGAAUAGCCUUAGACUGGGAACCACAGAUAACUCACUGACAACACAGCAACAGCUACAGCUACAACAGCAACAGCAGAUACAACAGCAACAACAACAACAACAACAGCAUCAACAACAACAACAACAACAACAAAUGCAGCAACAGUUUCAACAGCAUCAACAACUGCAGCAGCACUUACAGCAGCAACAGCAGCAAGUUCUUGGCACCAUGCAGAUACAACAACAACUUAUACUACAACCACAGGACCAACAGCAACAGCAGCAGCAAAUCAUGGAGAAUAUUCAACAGCAACAACAACAGAUACAACAAAAUCAGCGACAGCAAGUCCUUAAUAAUAUUCAGCUUCAGGAUCAGCAACAGCAAAAUCAAAUACUUACCAAUUUACAACAACAUCAGCUACAACAGCAGCAGCAACAACAAAAUCAAGCAUUGGGCAACUUACAGCAGCAGCAACAAUUGCAAGAGCAACAGGUCUUGGAGAACUUACAGCAUCUUCAGGCUGAGUUGCUUCAGCCCCAGAUCCACUCCUCCUCCCAAGUACAGCAGCCAGUGUCCCUUCUUCAGCAGGCUGGAGAUCUGCUCACCAUCCAGACCAGCUUCCCAGCACAGCCUCCAUCCCACACAUCCCCCCCACAGCAGCUCUUCCAGUCACCCAGGCCCCUCGCUGAGACCCAGAGCUCCCAACAGCAGGUCCAGGCUGCCCUGCUCCAGAAUACACUGACUGUACUGGCUAGUGGCAGUCUCAACUCAGAGCAGCAGUCAACAGGGUCAACUCUAUACCUGUCCCCAACCCCUCAGCCUCAACAACAGCAACAGCUGGCAUUCCUUUCCUCUAUGGAGACAUCCAACCAGCCCCAGUCUGUUGCAAUGUUUCAGAACCAACCUCAAGCCCAGCUUUCCCAAAUGCAGCAACAGAGCACCCCAAUGGAGCAGCAGCAGUCUCCACAGCAGAACCAGCAACAGCCACCACAGCUUCCAAUGGGCCAGCAGGGCUCCUUGUUCCAAAAUAUCCCAAACCACUCGCAGGCUAAUCCUGUCCCCCAGAACCAGCUUUCCCAACCCCAGCAGACAGGUCUUCUUCUCUGCACCACAGAUUUAAACCCACAGGCUAUUCCUCCAACUAUUCUCUUCAGCACCCAGACCCAAGGCCCUUCUUCUAUGGGAAGCAUUAGCGUUGGAAUCCCCCAGCCAGACCCAGCAGAGCCCAUGUCCUUUCAAGACCAGAGCUCCUCAAGCUCCUCAGCGUCCACUGAGAACCAACAGCAAAGUCUGUUUCAGGAACAGCAGCCAAUGCAAGUGGGCCCAAGUUCCAGCAGCAUCCCAAACAGUCAACCUGUGGAGCUUUUUUUGCCACAGACAUCUCUGUCCAGCCUGCAGAACACUAUUGGUCCACAAGAGCUGAACAACCAGGCUCCAGCCCCUGGCACAACCAUCUUUGUGGUACAGGGUGGUGUAGGUGUGGUAGCCAACCCUGGCCAGCAACCACCAGAGCAGCUUUUCCAGACAACUGUGGGUAGGAAUGUGGCUGCACAAGGACAGGCAAACCUGUUUGUGUUUGGCAUCCAGAAUGACUCGCCCCAGCUGCUCAAUUCGCCCGGACCCACCCUGCCAGCUCAGAGCCAGCCCCAGAACUCAAGUCACAUGCAGCCUCUGUUGGACCAGCCCAUGGCCCAAGCUGCCCCCUCGAUGCCUUCCAGCAUGCACAGCAGCUUACAGAGCACCCUUCAGGCACAAAUGCAGUCCAGCUUAGAGAACGCCAUGCAGACUAGUCUACAGAAUCCAAUGCAGACAAGCACAUCAGCAGCUCUGCAGUCCACUUUACAGGCAACCAUAGAAACGAGUCUGCCAGCUCCAAUGCAGACCAGUCUACAGAGCAGCUUACAGAAUCAACUACAGGCAUCAAUAUCUGCAUCAUCUAACAUGGAUAAAAUUGAGGACCUACUGGGAAGCCUACAGAAGCAGUGAUAAAUGUUUGGACCAUGUGGGCACUAAGGAGAGUGAGUGAUAUGUAGCUGAAAGUUAUACAUCCUUAAACCAACAAACACAAUGGCGAUGUGUGGUGUUUUAUGCCAAUUCCAAAAAUCUAAGAAAAUUUUAAACAUUGAAGAAUUAAAUGCCCGUUACCUAAAAACCCAAAUUAUGAGCUUAUGUAACACCUCGUUUUGACGAAAUAUUUAUAAUUAGUUAUAGCCAUCAUACACCCAUUGUCCUUGAAUUGAUGAAUUCGCCUUUGUUAUUACCCCUCUUGCAGGAUCAGAGAGGCCUGUAAUAACAGCUUUAUCCAUCAGUCUUGGAAGUGCAGUCUUUUGUUUGCGUUUUAAAAAUGUGAGCCUAAAGAUGAUGAUAAAAACCUACCAGGUUUGGCGCAAAACUGGAAAGGGAUAAAGAAUGUCAGUGACAGGGAAACAGGGGAAUAGUAAUGUAAUGGAGAUGAAGUCUAUAAGAGCAGCUGGAGUAGAUGAAACAGCCAGCCAUGGACUGAAUAAUAGAUUGCACAUGUGUCAGAAAUAGGCUGAAUCUCAUUUUGUGAGUGUGUAAACUCCAAGCUGUCACUUCAUCAGCCAAAACUACUUCUGCUGAGGAUAAUGAAGAUUUUUUUGCAAUUAAUUGUUUGCAUAUGUCAGCUAUUUGACAAAAUUCUACUCUAAGAGUAAAGACUAUUAAAUUAAGUACAUAUGUAUGUUUUCCCUCGAUCAUGUUUGCCACCAUGGCUGGAGUGUGCACCUGAGCAGACUGUCAGGAGGAGAGUUAAAUAUUGAUAUCAGCUCCACUAAAAUGAAAUUAACUCACUGACCCAAAUGGGUAUCAGUACAUACUGUAUUCCCAUCACGAGCAGAAAGAGGAGAGACUAUUUAAACGCUCACAAAUGAGAUUCAACCUGGAAAAAAUGUGACUGGGCCUUUCAUUUUGGCCACUUCCCAGUGUUUUCAUACUUUCAGGCCUCAUCACUGGGUUUGCAGAAGCUUUCUUGGUGAAAUUUUAAAAAGCAUUCAACUAUGUAUUGUGUUUAUCGUUUUUGUUUUGAAGAAGUUGGUUACCUUUACCAAUUUCAUGUGGAUAGAAAGAAACUUUCCACUAGUGAAAAUGGAGUGCUGUGGUUUUAUAAACAUUUUAUCUCAAGCACUUUAUAACCUCUAGCUAAUCCUUAAUAUCCGUCCACAGUUCUCUACUGAUCCAGCUGAAUUUGUACUCUGAAAACAUCCAGUUAAAAAACAAGAAAAAAAACCCGAAAAAAGCAGUUGUCUUUGUAAAGGUAAAUACAUGUUAACAAAGCAUUUUUAUCAUGUCAUGUCUGAACAUUUUUGAGGUCUAGGACAACUUUGUAUAGAAUGUCUGCUCACUGUUGAAUUCUUCUUUGUAUUCAGUCUCAGUGGUCCAGUCAAGUCUGUCAAAAAAAAAAAAAAAAACAGCCAUUCCCACCAAAAGCAUUGUCA